ACUAAAUAAAUGGAAUCUAAAUCAAGACUUCUCAUCCUUCCUACAAGAUAAAGGUAUUGACAUGGGCGACUAUUCUUAAGUGGGGACUCUGGAUAUCUGGAGGGGGGACCUGGACGACCAAUAACGCUUUAACUUAUGAUGUCAUCGGAGGAGGAGACAGAAUUCGGUUUGUACACAGAUAAGCUCCUGAAGAAAUCCAAAAGAACUAGACAGCGUGUGGACGCCGGCGAGCCGCGUAACUCUUACUCGUCGAUCCCGAAUUUCAGUUCGCGACCGACUUUUCUCGGCGGUGGUAAUAAUUUAUACGGCGCAAUUUUCACCCAACAGCAACAGUUCGGUCUUUUCGGACCGGGGUUCGCGCCCGCAAAGAUGCUCAACGAAUUACUGGGUCGGCAGAAGGUCGACUCCAGCGACGGGGAGGACGUCAAGUUCGACUCUGUGAUCCGGUGUGACGGAAGUCCGCCGUCCGGUGAACAAUUGGCCCAUCACAUGCUCAGGGACAUACUGCAGGGUCGGAAACACGACCUCCUCUCUCUGGAGCACGAGAUGAGGAACGGACAGGACCAUCUGAACAACAACAACAACGAUUCCAAAAUUGAUUCGGAACGCAACGACGUGGACGCACUCCAAGGUAUCAAGGACUGCGUGCAAGAGGCUGGCGGCAGGAAAUCCCAAGAACCACCGAUGGAGGAGGCCAUGAACGGUAUGGAAACCGAAUCGUUGCCGUCUCCCAAGGUGGAGCCAGCCAGUCCGGCCAAACCUGAAGAUGCCAAAAAAGCUAGAGUAGAAAACAUAGUGUCAGGAAUGAGAAGCAGUCCGGCACCACCACAAGUGAACGGCUGUAAGAAAAGGAAACUCUACCAACCUCAACAACACGACUCGAAUGCAGACAGAUACAUUGACGACGACAUAGAAGAAGAACAAGAACCGAUCAAACAGAAACGAGUGGAGAAGAAUCUGCUCAAAUCCCAAUUAAGAACGAUGCAAGAACAAUUGGCAGAAAUGCAACAGAAAUACGUGCAACUGUGUACGAGGGUUGAACAAGGAUCCGAGGAAAGUCAAGAAGUGGAAGAAAUUCCUAGUGAUAGUGAACAAAGUUUAAAACGAUCGGAUUCACCUUCUCCUGUAACAACUAGUCCACCUAUAGUGCAACCACCACCUCCUCCAACGUUGGUACAACAGGUGAGCAAAUUGAAAAUAAGUCCGCAAGGACCACCUUUCCACAAUGGUAUGCUCCCGGAACAUCCCCACAUGAACAGCGCCGCUGCCAUGUAUUUGGGGGUGAACCAUAAACUUUUCAUGGAGCAAGAGGCACGUAUGGCUAAAGAAGCCGCGGUCGCUGCCUCCGAAGCCCAGCAACAGAGCAUACCAACGCCCCAACAUCAGACACAAAUGCCACAAAACAAACCCGAACACAUAGCCGAAAGGCUGCAAAUGAUGAGGAACAUCUCGACGCCCACCAACAACGAUCUCGAGGGUUUAGCGGACGUGCUCAAAUCGGAAAUCACAGCAUCACUGUCGAACUUGAUCGACUCCAUCCUGACCAGGUUCGUACAUCAGCGAAGGUGCAAGCAACAGGACGCUGCCAAUGCUGCUGAACAGUUGAAUAAGGAUCUGUUGAUGGCCUCGCAACUGCUAGAUAGGAAAUCUCCAAGGACCAAAGUGGCGGAGCGACCUCAAGCUCCGCCACCGCAAAUACCAACCUCCUCAGGACCUCAAAUGGUAAAUGGCAAUGGUUGUCAGCCUGUAGUGCACAUGAACAACCACAUGAUUCCAAAGCCUUCAGAACUUCACCUACGACCUCCUAUAUUUCAGCCUCCAAAACCUCCCGGCAUAAACCAGGCCCCGUUGUUCGGCAUGAACCAUCCGUUUUGCAAGCAGGAGAACCCAGAACAGAACGAGGCCCUCAGCUUGGUGGUAACCCCGAAGAAGAAGCGACAUAAAGUUACAGACACCAGGAUAACGCCAAGGACAGUGAGCAGGAUUUUGGGCGGCCAGGAAGGUAUGGGAAUGUCCCCGGCCUCUAUGGAACACAGCCAGUGCAGUUCGCCAAGACCUCCACCAUACCCUCACCACCACCAGCCGCCUCCGAUGCUUCCCGUUUCUCUGCCAACGUCCGUGGCCAUCCCAAACCCAGGUCUUCACGAAUCUCAGGUUUUCUCUCCCUACAGCCCCUUCUUCCAUGGACCCAGCCAUGGGCACCACAUGGCGAUGCAGGCAUCGUCGUCGCCCCCAAGAAUGCACAAAAUGGAGAGGGAAUCUCCUCCAAUCCACCAUCCCCCAACGUUACUGCACCCAGCCCUUUUGGCUGCUGCUCAACACGGUGGUAGUCCGGAUUAUUCCCACAUGAGAGUGCCAUCCGGUGCUGUCAACAUGGACAAUGGAGACAGGAACUCUGACUGCAACUCUGGAGACAUAUCUUACGAUGGAAUGCAGCCUACUAUAUCCUUUUUAUGCAAAGAUUUUAGCAAAAAUCUUAGUUCUCAACAUCCGAAUAUGUCCUUAACUCCAGAGCACUCGUCUACAUUGACUCCAAUGCAUCUCAGGAAAGCUAAACUGAUGUUCUUUUGGGUGAGGUAUCCCAGCUCUUCGGUGCUGAAAAUGUACUUCCCAGACAUCAAAUUCAACAAAAACAACACUGCCCAGUUGGUUAAGUGGUUCUCGAAUUUCAGAGAAUUCUACUACAUCCAGAUGGAAAAAUACGCUAGACAGGCUGUGUCAGAAGGCGUAAAGAACGCAGAAGAUUUGCACGUCGGCGGAGAUUCAGAAUUGUACAGGGUGUUGAAUCUUCACUACAACAGAAACAAUCACAUCGAGGUAUGGGGACCACAGGUUCCUUCAAAUUUCCGGUUUGUGGUCGAGCAAACGCUACGGGAGUUCUUCAAAGCAAUCCAAGAAGGCAGGGACGCCGAACAAUCGUGGAAGAAAUCGAUCUACAAGAUCAUCUCCAGAUUGGACGACCCAGUGCCGGAAUACUUCAAAUCUCCCAAUUUCUUGGAGCAAUUGGAGUGACCCGAAGUAGGUUCCAAGAUGCCGGAGAACCACCACUGGUAUCAGCCCAUGGUGGCCAGCAAUUAAGGAAGACAACACCACAGCACAGAAUCGGUGACGUGACUGUCGACUAUUUAUUUGUUUUGAAUGGUUGUGAAGAUAUCGACGUUGUCCAUAUUCUUCCUUGGUGUCUUCAAGCGCAUUCUGGACUAUUGUUAAUACUAUUAAUCGUAAUUUCAGUUGACAGGAUGAAAGACUAUUUACAAAUAAGUAAUAUGCCUCAGGCUUUUCGUUCGUUGUGACGAACAGUGAAUACAAAUCAAUCAAUUUUUCAGCGGUUACCUGAUAUUUAACACAUAGUAUUACAGGAAAACACAAACAAUUCUAUGAUAUGUUUUACAGCCAGCAGUCAGCAAGUUCAAAAUCUGCAUUUUUCAUUUACUUCAGCAUAUUGUUCCGACCUACGCCACUGUAAACUGUGCCCAGUUAUUGUAGCAUGUGUAAAUAAGAAACAUUCCAGAUAUCUUGUACAUAGUAUUCGAAUAUUUAAUUUAUAUUAUUUUGCCCUAUUUUACCAAAGUUAACGUUCUGCUAGUCGUAUACAUAAACUUAUUCGGUCCGUGUAAGUUUAUGCCCAAAUAUAUUUAUUUAACAUUGAAAUCACCAUUCGGAAUACCAAUCCAAAUGGUGGCUUCGAACAAACAUAAUCAAUUCUUCUAUUUCGGAUAUUGAAAGUUGUUAUAUAAAUUUUUAUAUUGAGUUGGUAUGUGGUUAUAGCAUUUUUAUUUAUUAUAUUUCUUUUGUUUUUUUUUCGGUCGAAUUAUAGAAAAGUUAAGAACUGAACCAUAGUCUUAUCACAUCAAAAAAUUUAUCUUUUGUUGAAGUAAGAUGAAAAUUAUUUAGUUUUCUGAAUUUCGUCAAACAAUUCUUAUCUUCUUUUCAAGUGAAAGGAGGAUUAGACUUGUAACGUUUCCCACUUUUCGAUAAUUUGAUCUUCCUAAUUUCCAUUUUCCGUUGCAGGCUAGUUGCUCGUUCGCAUACCUACUUGAUAUACUGUACUUAAAAUUUUAAUUUAAUUUAGUUAAUUUUUCACUAGCACGUUUUAGUGUAGUAUAAACACAAUUCAAAACACUGUGUGAGGCAACUAGUCAUUGAUGAUAAUAAUUAUUAUAUUAUGAGAAUUAAUAAAUAUAGUUGUAUUAUUUUGUUCAA